AUGUUUGGAGGGUAUGAUCUGGAGGCAGACAAACCAAGUGCUCGAGUCAUCAUUAUAAAUCCUAGUGCUACUGAAUGGUGGUACGAAGAACAUCUGGACAUAGGAGGGCCUACUCCCUGCAUUUCCCCGUCUCUCGUAACUGUGGGCAACAAGAUCUACAUAUUUGGCGGCUACCAAUCGUACAAUGUUGAUCCAAUGCCAUGUUAUUCCUAUAGUGUUUUGGAAUGGGAACCUUCGUCGGCCACUUCACGAAGUCUUUGGUCCUGGAAAUGCUGCAAUAAUCCGUAUAAACAACCUAUGCCUGAGAAAACAAUAAUUGGAGAAGCUUUAUCAGUAUAUAAUGGCAAAUUCAUUUUGUUGGCCCCCGGGAAAACCAACGAACACGACAAAAACAACAAAUAUCUUCGAUUUACAAACCAGAACUUAUUCUAUUUUCGUCCCUCUGAUGAAACUUUUCGACCUCUAUUCCUCCAGGGAGAUACCCCUAAAGAUAUUGGGUGGUAUGUAAUUUGCGACCUCCAGUCUACAAUGGCCACCGUUACUGCGGGUAAUCUACCACCUUUCAUAAACCUGAAUGUUUCAGCUACUGUCGGUUCUGUACCAAAAAAGAGGGGCCGCCCACCUAGAAAUUUGCCAUCAUCAUCAUCACCAUCACCCUCUGUGGCCUUUGCACCCCCUUCUCACCCAAGAACUCCAUUCUUCCCUCCAAUCCCCUCCAUUGUCAUAUGCGCGUGGAUCGCCCAACGCGAGACCCCUCAUGGAUAUAUAGAUUUAGAACGGACAGACCCUGUUGUGGUGAAUUAUAAGCCCGAAAUAUGGCGAAUCACCUUUGGACCUAUGGACGAAUGCGAAAAUCUUGAUUAUAUGCAAAAAGUCUCCCAAAUGGAUGCUGAUUUUCAAGGAUUUACGGUUGCCAAUGGACGCAUGUAUCUUCUUGGAUCGGAUCAAAAAAUAAAAUCCUCGUUUCCAGAUAGCAAGCGACUUGACACAUGGAAUAUCUUCCUAGAUCUUACUACAAUCUCUUGA